AUGUCUGACUAUGACAAGCUGAAGCUGAUUGAGGAAUACUCUGUUGAUCUUGCAGCCACAGCGGCUGUGACUGCAGUUCUGGUCUUCGCCGCCUACGGCAUCGCCAAGUUGGUCGAGCCCAAGAAUGGUGCCGAACGCAGCGGAAAAGCGGAGCAUGUUGAUCUUCUGGCCGAAUAUGGCCGUGCUUGGUGUCUUCACCAAUUUGUGCCUUUCGUGGACAAGCUCGUCCUAGGCAGCUACGGACAGGCAAUGGACAACCGCAUGCUCAAGCCCUGGGAUCAAGGACCUGACGACUGGAUGAUCCGCCUUCCCUUGCUCAUUCUCUCUUUCCUCUCCCCAACACCUUCGGUGCUGCUUUUGGCCCACAUCGCCAACAUCAUCUCCUGGUUCUACUGGAUGCCGGCAGUCUGGGACCACAUGGUGUGGGCGGCCUUGCUAGAGCUGACCUUCGUCUUUGCCGUCUUGGCAGAGGGUGGCAAGGAGGCGGUAGCGAAGAGGUUCCUCCCGGCGGCCCGCAUGCAGCUCAGCGUCCUCUACUGGAGUGCCGCUUUCUGGAAAUUGACCACAAGCUGGUACACCGUGAGGGGCUCCUGCGCGCCGGUCCUGCUUUCAGAGCUCAUGGCAGGCCUCUUCACCCCGGAGAUCAUGCCCGCGGGAAGCCAGGUGGCAAACACCUUGCUGAAGAUUUCCCCGGUCUUUGUGGCUGCCUUGGAAUUCGCGGUGGCCUACUGUCUUACUUUUCGCCCGGCGGCGGGC